AUGAGCUCUGCAGGCCUACAUGGUGCUGACCAGCCCGUCUCCAGAAAUGAAGAGGAAGCCACAUCUGCCGCAGGUCAUGGCGGCGAUUAUUCUGGACCCCACAAGCCAGACGGUCUCGGUGUCAAGGACGAGUUAGCUGAGGAUGCGGAGACGAAUCUUUCCAGCGCCACUGAGACGCCAUCUGGCCAUGCCGAUGACAGGGUGGUGGGCACAGAGAUCGAGCCACCUCGCUCGGCCGUGUCAGAGGAUCCGACUGCGAAUCUCGCUUCGCUUCAGGCGCCAGCAGCUCCGACCAUCACCAUCGACAGUCAGUCACAGCAAGCUGACUUGCUUGACGGGUCGAAUGCGCCCACUGCGGGCCCCUCGACUGCGAUCAACGACGUCUACUCCGCGCCACCUUCCAUCCGCAAACGUCGCAUGCCUCCUGGCGGUCCCAAAGGAAUCCUCAAGCCAGCACCGCCUCCCUCCAAGACCUUUUCCUUCCGCAGAGAUAUCCUGCAGUCUCUGAAUACGCGCUUGGCUCAAGGGGGAGUGGGCGUGCAGGUUCCAGUGCCUGCUGGAAGCAGCCUGAGCGCACUCAGUGGGUCAGCACAGGGCACAGCUCAAGCGGCUGGAAACCUCAUUGGAGGAGUGUUCAAAAGGUUGGGAGGCCUGGCGGCAGGGGUCGCUGCACCGGGAAUGGGUGUGGAUGAACAAGCUCGCUCUGCAUCUCGGCCGUUUGCAAGCUCAAACACCGGCGCUCCUUCACAGAGAGGCGGUGUAGCCCUCAACUCUCCGACCACUACAUCUUCGCCAGCGUCAUCAGCCUUUUCGGAAGCUUCGCUGCUCCCCACCAAUACCCUACCAGCCCCCGCCUCGAGUCCGAGGCCCUUGCGGCGGGUGCAGUUCCGGGUCAACUCAAUGCGCAUCACCUACCCCAUACAUGGCAGCAUCGCACCUGGCGAUGAGGACGCUACUCGCAAACGCGUCGAAAAGGAGCACAGGGAAUGGUUGAGGCAGAGGAAGGAGAUGGCUUGGGCUGUGCCGGAGCUCGAAAAGCUGUACAGAGAUUGUUGCAGAACACGGGAAGAAUAUCCGCUCAAGAAGAUGCGGGCAGUCUUCGAGGAUGCGCAAAGGUCUGCUCCUCCUGCGCUGCGAACUAUGGACUUGUCCUUUGUCCCUUUGGACCGAGCAGCGAUAGAGCCGAUCUCGGACUUGCUUAGCAUCGAUUUCGGUCUGCAAAAGCUCGUCCUCGAGAAUUGUGGCUUGACUGAUGAUGGCUUGAAAUCCAUCCUACACGCCCUGCUUGUCUCUGGUACCCUUCCAACCCUUUCACUGGCUGCCAAUAGGAGGAUCAAAUAUCACGGCUGGCGUUUCGUCGGCAUCUUCAUGCGCCGAGCGCGAGCUCUGCGAUAUCUUGAUCUGAGCGAAAACUCGAUCAACAAGGCGAGCUUGGAGCAUAUUACCGGCGCCAUCGCCAGAUCCACACCUCUCUUGAAGGGUAGCGGUGACAACGAAGACUCGAAGGAUGCAAGCGCUCCCGAAGGCAAAGCGUCAGACGCUGAGAGACCUGGCAUGGACGAUAUCGUGGCGCGCGACGACGAGUUUGACGACGAAGGCCAGCCCUUGAUGCCCGACGCCGAACUUCUUCGGGAACGGCAAAACAAGAGCAGCGGCAUCGACGCUGCAAACGGCUGUGACGACGAGACUCUGGUGUCAGGGGUCAUUUCGCUGCGCUUGGAAAAUUGCAAUCUGAAGACCAGCUCUCUGGAAGCCUUGUCAGCGGCAGUACGGUACUCUGAUCUCAGGCACCUCAGCUUGAGGCGUAACAGGAUCGCUCAGCUUGGCGCGGUUGCGCUUGCCCUAAUGCUCAAAGACUAUCCCGACACCCUCUCCUCGCAGCGACCUGAAGUGAAAAGCGCGAUGUAUGCCCCGUCCGUCGGCCAACAUGAACGUAGACAAUCGACCGGCCUAAGUCUUGAUCAGAGGCUGCACGCUGCUACGCAGGGGAUGAAUUCGGCAUCAAAUGGCGCGCAUCACACGUCUGCUGCACAUGCACUCGACGGUCGUGAGAGCGUGCCGUACGCCGUUCGGUCAUCAAAGCUGGUCCGUGAAGCUGAUUCCGCAGGCACGCACGACCGAGGUCGCGAGGCUGCAUCGAGCCAGGCAUCUAGCAGCGGCGCUGCUCGCAGCUACUCGCCUAGCUUACCCGAGGUGCCCUUGAUGGACUCGAGCCCAGGUGGCGGAGUGACAAGCAGACGGAGGCCCAUCUCGUCUGACAAAGACACUGCAGCCGCUUUGCGGGAGGCGGCCUCGAGCACGCUAGUUGACAAUGGCGAGGCGAGCGAGGACAAUAGUUUGCACUCUCAUGACCUCGUCUCGACAGCUCUGCUGUCGCCUGGUAAAGAGAUCGAACGGACCCUCAGUUUGGCAGCCGAAGCUCAAGUGCGAGCGAAUGCUGCGCCCUCGCAGACGGAAGAAGAGGCGAUUGCUCUGUUCCAGGCGAAGCGCGCAAAGAGGAUUUUGGCAGACAUGCCCCGUGUCGGUAAUCUACUUACGCUCGAUCUCAAAGGCAACGACAUCAGAGGCGGCGUCACAUACCUUGCGCAGGCCCUCAAAAAGAAUCGCACGCUGCGAGUCCUUAAUCUGGGAGACAACAACAUCGACAUGAGCGGACUCAUCGCUGUGGCUGAUGCGCUCAAGUACAAUUCAACGCUUGAGACGCUCGACAUGAGCCACAACCCCUGUGCCGGGCCAGGGUCCGAAGGUAUCACUCAGCUCCGAGUAGCCUUCGCGCUAAACUCCAACGUCAAGAGGUUGUUCCUCAACGAUACGGACCUCUCAUCAGAGGGCGCAAUCGCAUUGGCGGAGUAUUUGCCAGAGUCAAGGAGCUUAAUCCACUUGGAUCUGACGGAAAACCUUGAGAUAGACAUUGCGGGUGUCAUGGCGCUGGCUGUCGCAAGCAAGCAGAAUAAGACUUUGCGCUGCCUGGACGUGACAAUACCUCCCAACGAGCCAGAUUUUGCGAGACUCUCGCGCGACAUCAUGCAGAGCUGCGUUCGCAACACCGAAGCAGCCCAGCGCAAGGCGCUCAAACGAGGCAUCAAGCGACCUAUACCCACGCCAAUCCACCGCUCUGUCGUUGCGCUUUCGCUCGAGCGUCAACGAGCAAUGGAAGCCGCCAAAGCAGCCGAGGCGCAGGCUGCUCAAGCUCAGGCCACCAUGAAUGCUGGAUCAGCUUUGAUCAGUGCUGCCACAGAGUGCCGCAACGUGCUGCGGGACUUGUUAAGGGGUGAAGAGGAGCGUAAGAAGGAGACGCUCGAGAAGACUGCAGAGCCAGCAAGUGCAGACUUUGUUCGCGAUCUGCUCCGGCAAGCCUCGUCUCUCAGAAAAAGGGUUGUUCGCGCUGUCAGCGAGCUCGGCGAAGGUAGCAUGCUUGAUCAAUUGCUGACCUUGAAUGACGAGCUAGAGCAAGUAUCAGGGCAGCUUGCUGAUCUGUACCAGUCGGGGCCAGAAAGUGCAGGGCCACGCAUCAACAUCAAGUCGGAUGCUGGAUCUACUGAUUCGGAAGUCUCUCAUCGCGCCUCUCCAGCAGCAGCGUCGCAUACGUCACAUUCGGAUCAACAUCUUGGUAUGCCCGUCAUUGAAUCUGGCCUCUCGUCACCAAGCUUCUCUAUCGGCUCAGAUGAGGACGAGGACGAAGCACAGCUGACCAUGUCGUCGAUUGACAACAGGUCUGAUGGCGCAAGUGCAUUGUCCGAGACAGCAACGAGCGUCGCUGACACGUCCACUGAAAGCUCGGUGAAGGCUGCUCGAGAAGAGAUACCCGAAGACUUGCGGGAUGAGGACGCUGCGCACUCGCCCACUACUGGUCGAGCAAAAGGACAAUUGUCCGAGGAGGGCGAGCUGUUCAGAAAGGCAGUUGCGCUACACUUGGAGGACGAGGAUGAUGACGAUGACGAAAAUGAGGGCCAGUCCGUUGCGGCUGCCGACGAGCCUGUGGACUCAUCUCAACAGCCCACCAAGCCAUCUGUCGUAUCUGACUCUAGCAUAACAAAUGAGCCAGCAUCACUGCUGGGCGUAGACGUAGGGCGCCGCCGACGCAGCAGCAAUGCCUCAUCCGACUCUGGUGCCUCUUCACUGAGACAGGAUCUUCCUGAAAGUGGCGAGGAGUUGCGCGCGGAGCUCUUGUCCACCAACGUGCCCCGAAGCAGCAGUCACAGCAGUGGUCUCGUUGCAGCUGCAGACGAUGAAGCAAGCAGGUCAUGA